AGGAGGCUUUUCUCUGUUUCGCAGAGAUCUUCGUCUGCGACCUCCUUCGUCCUUUCCCGAGAUCAUACCCUCUCCGAUGGCGGCGACUCCUCUCCCGCCCCCAGAUCUGUCCCCUCGGCGGAUCUCUCAUGUUUCAAUUCUUACCACCGGAGCCUUAUAAGAGGUUUCUCUUCGCAAGUCCUUACUCAAGGAAACGAGAUAGGUUUUGGUUCGGAAGUCCCAGCGACUGUCGAGGCAGUCAAAACACCUAACUCAAAGAUUGUGUAUGAUGACCAUAACCAUGAGCGUUACCCACCUGGUGACCCUAGCAAGCGUGCAUUCGCCUAUUUUGUCUUGUCUGGUGGGAGGUUUGUGUAUGCUUCCGUUCUCCGCCUUCUUGUCCUGAAACUCAUCGUGAGCAUGUCUGCAAGUAAAGAUGUCCUUGCUCUUGCAUCCCUGGAAGUUGACCUCGGGAGCAUCGAACCAGGAACCACUGUUACAGUCAAGUGGCGUGGAAAGCCCGUCUUCAUCAGGCGAAGAACAGAAGACGACAUCAAGCUGGCCAAUAGUGUGGAUCUUGGAUCCCUGAGGGACCCGCAAGAAGACUCGGUUAGGGUCAAGAAUCCGGAAUGGUUAAUCGUGGUUGGAGUCUGCACUCACUUGGGAUGCAUCCCGUUGCCUAAUGCUGGUGAUUAUGGCGGUUGGUUUUGCCCGUGCCAUGGUUCACAUUACGAUAUCUCCGGAAGGAUCAGGAAAGGUCCGGCGCCGUACAACCUGGAAGUACCAACCUACAGCUUCUUGGAAGAGAAUAAGUUACUCAUUGCUCCCAACCUGACUCUUAUCCUCAAAUCUUAUCGGGAGUGUGAACCUUUAGAUGAUGCUUGUGAAUACAAUGAUGGGAGUAUUCUUGUGUGUUGCAUCGGCGUCCCUAACCUUAGGACUCUGUUCUUGCUCGAGCCAAACCCUAGUUUCGGUCAUUACCCAUUGAGCGAAGAUGCUGCGAGUAGCAGGGAGGAGGCUUUUAGAUCUUCCACUGCGACCUCCUUCUCCCUUUCCCGAGUCCAAACCCUCUUCGAUGGCGGCGACUCCUCUUCCUCCCGCAGAUCCGUCGCCUCUACAGAUCUGUCAUCUUUCUAUUCUGACCACCGGAACCUUAUUAGAGGUUUCUCUUCUCAAGUCCUUACUCAGGGAAAUGAGGUAGGUUUUGGUUCGGAACCGGCGACUGUCGAAGCAGUCAAAACACCCAACUCAAAGAUUGUGUAUGAUGACCAUAACCAUGAGCGUUACCCACCUGGAGACCCUAGCAAGCGUGCAUUCGCCUAUUUUGUCUUGUCUGGUGGGAGGUUUGUUUACGCUUCCGUUCUCCGCCUUCUUGUCCUGAAACUCGUUGUGAGCAUGUCCGCAAGUAAAGAUGUCCUUGCUCUUGCAUCCCUCGAGGUUGACCUCGGUAGCAUCGAACCAGGAACCACUGUUACAGUCAAGUGGCGUGGAAAGCCCGUCUUCAUCAGGCGAAGAACAGAGGACGACAUCAAGCUGGCCAAUAGUGUGGACCUUGGAUCUCUGAGAGACCCGCAAGAAGACUCGGUGAGGGUCAAGAAUCCGGAAUGGUUAGUCGUGGUUGGAGUCUGCACGCACUUGGGGUGCAUCCCCUUGCCUAACGCUGGUGAUUACGGCGGUUGGUUUUGCCCGUGCCAUGGUUCGCAUUACGAUAUCUCUGGAAGGAUUAGGAAAGGUCCUGCACCAUACAACCUGGAGGUACCAACCUACAGCUUCUUGGAAGAGAACAAGUUACUCAUUGGU